AUGAAUAAUCAAUUGAUAGUGCAACUGAUGAACAAAGUAUUACCAUUUCCAUCAGUCAUUAUGAAUGCAUUCAGUAAUUGGACUGAAUUGAAUACACCGUGGGAUACUUUAAUCGACUGUAUACUGGUUGAUACAAAACAUCCUGAUGCAAGUUAUCUGGCAUGUUGGAUUUCAAAACUGUAUGGAAUUUUAUUUGGUUAUGUAUAUCCAAUUAUUGGAACAUUGAAUUUAAUGACUAAUACUAUUGUAGCGGUGAUAUUUCUGUUGUUAAUUCACCCGAAAAAUCGAUAUUUUAUAUUUUUAGGCAUUCUUGCCAUUGCCGAUAUUGGCAUGAAUAUUUUUAUUGGUUGGUUAGGAUUAUUUCCAGCUUAUGGUUUACCAUAUAUAUCAUCUGGAACAAUAUAUUAUUUUAUUUUAACAAUAUCUAGUUUAUAUUGUCGUUUGUUUAAAUCAAUUCAAAUGUUUUGGUGUAAUCUACGCGGGAAUAUGUAUAUCCUACUAGCUUUUGAUCGUUUACUAUUAAUGCAAAAACCAAUAAUUCAAAAAAUCUCUUCAAAACAUUAUACUGGAAUACUACUUAUCAUAACCAUCAUAAUAAGUAGUAUAAUGAUAGCACCAAUUGUUAUUUAUACCGAUUUAUUUGCAAAUCAACAAUUGAUUACAUGUUGGUUUACUGAUUAUUCAACAAUAUUAACAUUUUAUGAAGUAUUAUUUUCAAAUUCAUGUUUAUUUCAAUUAACUUUUGUCAGUUUGAUUGAUAUUAUUUUCUUAGUGAAAAUUAUCCAUUGGUCACAUGAACAUUGUCGAAUGACAAAGCAUCAUACAACAAUAACAACAACAACAACAACAACAACAACGGUGAAUUUGAAAUCAAAACAAAUUUCAAAAAUUAUCACACUACUAUUAUUGAAUAUUUUAUCAUUUAUAUGUUCAGCGCCUAGUGGAAUAUUUUAUAUGAUUUUAGCUAGUAAUCAAGUGCCAAAAAUGGAACUUGUACGUUUAUUGAUCAUUUUGAUACAUAUAUCAUGGAGUUUAAUCCUGCUACAAUCAUCAUUUAAUAUUCUGUUGUAUUAUAAACGUAUAGAGAAAUUUCGACAUGUUUUAUUGAAAUUAACUUUUAUUAAAUUUAUUCGGAUGAAAUUAUUUACUACUAAUACUGCAACUACUAACACUGCUACUACUACUACUACUACCACUAAUACUACUACUAAUACUACUAAUACUACUACUAAUAUUACUCAUGGAUUUUCAACAAUCAAUUCAACAUUUUAA